UAUCCGUAUUUAAAGGCGCCAACAAAGACUUGUUUAGGAGCAGCUCACAAAUCUGCCAUCUUUUUACGUGGAGCGUCAUACACACAUCAUCCCACAAUUAAGUAUUUUGUUUCCCGUAAACAAAAUGCCCGAGGAAACAGCAUCCGCCUCAACCGCCAAAAGUAUGGAGGAAAAACCUUGCUCGUCGACUGCUGCUGCAGACAGCACUGUUGAUGUAUCUGAGGAAGCAAAGAAGCUGAUUGGCACAGGCAACAGGCAUUUGGUUAUGGGUGAUGUUGUGUCUGCAGUCAGUGCGUUUCAAGAGGCCUGUGCCAUGCUAGCUGAGCAGUAUGGAGACACUGCUGAUGAAUGUGGAGAAGCUUUUUUCUUGUGUGGGAAGGCCCUUCUGGAACUUGCCAGGAUGGAGAAUACCGUGCUUGGCAAUGCUUUAGAGGGAGUCCCAGAGGAAUCUUCUGUAGAAGGAGAGAAACAGAACGACUCCAAGAUUGAGAGUGCAGACAAUUUAGAUGAGAAAACCAGAGAUGAGCUUCGGGCACAGGUUUAUGAUGCCAUGUCAGAAGAGACAAGUACUGGGGUGCAGAAAGAGCAGGAAGAUGAUGAGCAGGAGGAAGCUGAGAAAAAGCCUAAGGAAGGGGGGCAGAAAAAAUCAACAGAAGAGGAGGGAGGUGACCAGAAGCAGCACGAGAAAAAGGAAGAUGUUAAAGUACGAAGUGAAGAGGAUGCACCUAAAACUGAACAAAAUCUUGCUGAGAAUAAAGCGGAGAAGUCAAAUGGAGCUUUGGAGAGGGAAGAUGCCUCUGGGUCAAAUGGAGUUUCUGAAAAGGCUGAAAAAGACAAGGAGGCAACUGAAAAUCAAAAUGGCAAUGAUGAACCUAUGGAGGAGGAGGGUAGAGAUGAUGAUGAUGAUGAUGAUGAUGAUGACGAUGAGAAUGAAGAUGAGGAAGAGGGUGGUACAAAAGAUAAGGAAAGUGAGGAGGAGGAGGAAGUUGGCAAUUUGCAGCUAGCUUGGGAGAUGCUGGAGGUUGCUAAAGUCAUUUAUAAAAGAAAAGAAAGUAAAGAAGAUCAGCUAAUGGCAGCACAGAUUUACCUGAAACUUGGAGAGGUUGGGGCUGAAUCGGGUAACUACAGCCAGUCUCUGGAAGACUUCAACGAAUGCUUGACCCUGCAGCUGAAACACCUUCCCUCUCAUAGCCGUCUUCUGGCUGAGACUCAUUACCAGUUGGGCACAACGUAUAGUUACACAGCCCAGUACAGCAAAGCCAUCGAGCACUUCUCAAGCUCCAUCAAAGUCAUUGAGAGCCGUCUCGCUAUGCUUCAAGUGGCGAUAGAAAAGGCAGAGGGUGCAGAGACGGCGCAGGAGAAGAGUGAGCUUGAAGAGUUGAAACAGUUACUGCCAGAAAUUACUGAAAAGAUAGAAGAUGCCAAGGAGAGCCAGAGGACUGCUGCCACAGCCUCUGCGGCCAUCCAUCAGACACUUGCGAGUUGCUCCGCUGCCUUUGACUCAACUUGUGUUAGAGGAGGAGCAUCCACUUCUGCGUUCCCUGCUGAAAACGGCCCAUCUUCAUCUACAGCUAGACAGAUUGAUGUGAGGCCAGCUGAUGUUGCAUCUUCAUCGAAGUCUGCAUCGGAUAUUUCUCACCUGGUCCGCAAGAAGAGGAAACCAGACGAGGAGAGUCCAAAAAAGGACAGUGAUGCUAAAAAGACUAAACAGGAGACAUCAGUUAAUGGCAGCGAUGACUCCGCCCGCAAUGGAGUCCCGGAGAAAAUGGAACCGGAGCCAAGCAAUUCUUCCUCUGUUGAAACCUCGGCGUGAUGGGCUUUUCCUGACUGGACACUUACCUUCCAACCAACAGAGCAUGCCUGCCUCAUUCAUUCUCCAUGAGCAACGUUUUGUAAAUAAAUUUCUUGUCUGUCCAAUUUUGUAUAAUUGUAGUAAUCUUUCAAUAAAGGAUUUGCAUACAUG